UUUCCUUAAACAAUUUAGGUUAUUUUUAUGAAGGUUAAGAAAUUCAUAGAAAAAAAAACGGUGGGUUCAGUUUCGACGUAUACAUAUAGGAAUUUCGCAUUUUUGCGUCACAUUCUUGACACUGAUUCAGAUUUUAUUUUGAUUUUAUAAUAUAGAUUUUAAAUUCAACUAACCAAAAGAAAAAUGCACUGUUCAACACUCAACUGUCAGAAUACGUUCAUUUAAAGCAAGAUGAAUCUUAGGACAGGAACGUUGACGUCAAUUGUUGUUAAUAUCGCAAAAAUUUGAAAUUUUUAAAAAAGGUGAACUUUAUUUUCUAGAAUUAGGAAAAAUUCAUUCAAGCAAUUUUUUACAUGUUAAUAUUUAGCUUUGAUUAUUUAUAUACCGGAUGUUUCAAUGAGGACGAUUCCUGCCUACGUUCAUGAUUUUAACAAAAAAGGCCUAAUUAAAGACCCAGGCAAUCGAAAGACGUUUAUUAUACGUUACUUCACCGCGACGUGCGUCUCAUGUGAUUAUUACUUGGAUUUGAACCAUCUUCCACGUUUUUUAAACUUCUGAUUGCAAACGUUUUUUUUGUUUUGGUAGUCUCUUUCAAAAAAUAGAGAUUUUCUGCACUUGUUAGGCAAAUAACUACUCACAUUGUCAUAAUUCAAAAAGGUAUUAGAAUCAGAACUAGUCAUUGGUAUCAUAUCUACAAGAAAAUGUGAAAUCUUAAAUAAGAGCAAAAAAAACAUGUUUUUCCUGGGCGAAGCCUAACAAUACAAAAAUAAAGGACAUGACAACAAUAGAAAGGAAAAGUGGACUUAUUCAUACUAGCCAUUCUAUAGCAUAACUAACAAGGCAAUGUAUGAAAUGUUUUUAUAUAGUUUAUCUAAUAGGCAAUCAUGCAAUCUCUCUCUUUAGUCCAUUACCCUAAGAAGGGCUUAGUGACUAUGAUGCUCUUGAAGCAGUGCUUAAGGUAUUGUGCCAUUCCGUUCUAUUCUGAGCCAUGAUUACGAUUUCAUGAAAGCCAUGGCCGAUAAGAUCCUUGGUUUGAUCUAUCCAUCUUUUGGGUGAUCUUCCGCGCGACCGUCUUCCUUCUACCUUUCCUUCGACUAUUAGUAGUUGCAGCGAGUCCGUUCUUCUUGCAAUAUGGCCAAUGAAUAUUAGAAAGCUUCGAUUUAUCAUCUUUGAUAGAUUUAGUUCAGUAUUUAGUUCUUGAAGAACGGACUCAUUUGUACGGUGGGCCGUCCAGGGUAUCCGUAAUAGCCGUCUGUACGCCCAUAUUUCAAAGGCAUCUAUCCGCCUUGCAUCGCUCUUCUUGAUCGUCCAGGUUUCAGCUCCAUAAGUGGCAAUCGGGAACACAAGUCUUCAACAAUCUUAGUUUGCUGUUUUUAGUGUUCGCUGUAUCUCUCCAGAUCUUAGUUACGGCUGUUCGAGCUAGUGCAAUUCCUCGCUUUAUUUCACCUUCACAUGCACCGCUAUUGUCAAUUAAGGAUCCCAAGUACGGGUACUUAUUCACCACAUUGAACCCAGCUUUGUUUUUUACGUGGGGUUGGUUCUAGUUUUGCCGAUCUACAAUCAUGACAUUUUGGAUUUAAUUUCAAUCCAAAUUCUGCACUAGUUUCCUGGAGACGGGGCAUAAUAAAUUCCAUUUCUUCUACACUAGAUGUUAUAAUUAGUGCGUCGUCAGCAUAUCACAGAUUGUUGACCUUUCUUCCCCCUACAGAUAUGCCACCCUGCCAGUUAUCCAGAAUGAAACCUGUUUGAUGUGACAUCGUUGAUUCUUAUCAGACCGUAAUUAUGUUCAUAGAGCUGUCUGAUAAGUAUUAUUAAGUGGUCAGGGUCCCCCAUUUCUUUGAGUAUUUGCCACAGUUUUGUCCAUUUUACCAAGUCGAAGGUCUUGGAGUAAUCGACAAAACAGAGGUACAUUGUUAUGUUAAAUUCUCUAGCUUUCUCAAUUAGUUGUCGUACGUUUCCUAUUUGUUCUCUCGUACCCUUACCCGGCAUAAAGCCGGUCUGUUCUUCUGCAAUCUGGGGUAGUAGAUAUGGUCUAAGUCUGUUAUUAAUGAUCUGUAGGAGAAUUUUGCAUGCAUGGGGUAUUAUUGCAGUCUGCUGGGUUACCCUUUUUAUACAGUGGCAUAUAAAGUGAGCCGCACCAUUCGCCUGGCCAAACUCCUGUCUUCCAAACUCGAUUACAUAUAAAAUGCAAAACAUCAACUACAGGCUGACCUAUUGACUUUAGUAUCUCUGCAGCUAUGCCAUCUAUGCCUGGACUUUUAUUGUUUUUGAGGCUCUUUAAGGCGCGUUCAACCUCCGAUUUAAGAAUCCCGGGUUCGUGUUCAGUAAGUGUAGAAAAGUUUACGGUGUUAAAGGGUCCGUCAUCGCUGUAAAGUUUAUUGCAGUAUUUCCGCCAGACCUCAGCAAUGCCUUCCGGAUCGGUAGUCAUUCUACCAUUUUCGUCCAGUAUAAUUUGUGUGCGAAGUUUAAACUCACGAGAGAGGUAUUUUACUUUAUUGAACAGUUCCCUGGAUUCGUUGGUUGCGGAGUGCUUCUCUAUUUCCAUGUAGAUUUUGUGAAUGUGUGCGUUUUUAUCCAGCCUACAGCUGAUUUUUAUUUCUUUAUUGAUGUUUUUCAAUUUUAAUUCUUUAUCAGAUAUUGUUGCUGGUAAGGCUUUUAGGUGUUUUCGUGAUUCCAGCAAACUGACAGUAUUAUCAGAUAACCAAGGUUUGGGUUUUAUCUCCGACUUUCCAGGUGUACAGCAUUUUUUGACCAUUUCAUUUAUCCAAGCUCUAGUAUCAUUCCACAUUUCUUGUGCAUCAUCUUUCUGUCUAGGCAUUUCGACAGAACUCAGUGCUAUCAUUAUUUUCUCAGUAGAGGGUAUUGGACACCUUGUCUUCUUGUUUAAUUUCACUACCCUUAGUUUGCGAUGAAAGCUUGCCACUUAGAGUUUAUGAUCUGAUCCACAUUCCAUGCCAGGUCUUGUUUUAACAUUGGUAAUAGAGGACCGCCAUCUACAGCUUAUGAAAAUAUAAUCAAUUUGAUUUUUCGUUUUUUGGUCGGGCGAUGUCCAAGUUGAGAGUCGUCUAGGGUGGUGUUUAAACAUGGUGUUUGCGAUAGUGAGAUUGUUGUCUAUUGCAAAUUGAAUUAGUCUCUCCCCUCGAGCAUUUCUGUAUCCAAGCCCAUACCUACCCAGGACAUUCUUUAAGUUCUUCUUAAGUCUUUCCAACCUUUGCAUUGAAAUCGCCUAGGAUGAUUAAUGGUUCUCUUUUUGGUGUGGCUGAAACUAAUUGCUCUAUUUCCUGGUAAUCAUCCUCCACUAGUUGGUCGUCUGCGUCAGUUGUUGGCAUAUACACCUGGAUGAGAUGCAUGUUAGUAGGCUUUGUACGGACAGUAACUUUAACAAUGCGGUCGUUGAUUGUUUGGUCAUUCGUUUAUUGAUCACUAUGGCCACUCCAUUUUGACUUACAUUGUCUGAGCCUGACACGAAAAUCUGAUGGUCAUUAGUUGUGAAAUGUCCCUUACCUCUCCAGUGGGUUUCUGUCAAACCACAUAUAUCUAUUUCAGUCGCCAUUAACUCGCGCUCUAAUAUUUGGAGGUUGCCUACGUUCAGAAGCCCUCUCACAUUCCACGUAGCAAUAUUCAAUUUGGAUUUUUGGGGAAGCUUAAUAUUUUUUCCAGGAGCUCUAGCUGCAGACAGAGCCUGGUCACCCACAUCUGUCUGCUCGGUCACUAAUUUCACACUUGUUGGCCCGAACCCAAUCAAGCGCCGGUCGCUACUCGGAUCGCAUGACACACGCAUACUAUUACCUUUUAAAAUCAUAAGUGUUCAUGGGAUAUCCCGGCGGGAUCUUUAAUGUGGUAGUCUUCCCGUGGCUUUCCACAUCCGUAUGCCGUUGAUUACUUACUUGUAAUUCCUCCGCCUUUGAGGUCGAUUUCUCAACCCCAGGACAAUAGGGUGCCCUUAGCUGCCUCCCGUAGCUGCUUGCUGACAGAGGGAGAUUACUUAUACCGGUAAUCCUUCGGUCGACAGAACCUCGUUGGUUAUCUAGCAGGGUGCACCACGUGCAGGGGAGGUUGUCAGUUGGUUCGACUUUCUCAAUCACAUUGUCAAUUCCCCCUUACACCCCUUUCAUGCAAUGCAUGUACUAAAUAAAAAAAACGGAAUCCAGAACUAAGCAAACGUAGAAUUUAAAAACUACCUGUAACCCUAUAGCUUCGGGCGCAUUAAAAAUUAUGAAAAUUACUUCUCUUGUUUCUCCUAUAAAGACGUUACUAUAACAAAAACAAAUUACUUUUACAGUUAUCCUAAGAGGUACUAUAUUAUGUUAUCGCCUUGGUGAUGCAAAACUGUCGCGGUGGAGAUCCAGCUUGUUGUUUUUCAAUUUUGGUUAGUUUUGGUUAGUCUCUGUUAUUGCCUUGGCGAUGCCAAAGCGUCGUAGAGGAUGUCCAUGUGAUGAAUUCAUAUGGGUGUGCCACAAGGAGCGACACCGCAGAACACUUUCGGUAGAAAGAUAACAACUGUGUUGGAAAAGUACAUCCAAAUAUUUAUGAACUGCUUAAAAUCCUUCAAGAGUAAAUACGGUACUACGAUAUUAUCGUAAAACAAACUGAGCUGAAUAUGAACACUCUAUACAUCUAAGGAGUACGCCCGAAACAAGCACAAACCUCCUUUUAAUGGUGGAUAUGUUACUGGCUCGUCUAUUUGGAGGACAGAAGAUAAACUAACCAAACCUGACAUACAAAAAACCCUUUGAAUUAAAAAAAAUAUCUAAAGAAAUUAACUCGAUUUUCCGUUUAACUGCGGGCCCGAGCUAGGAAAUGUAGAGAUAUAUAUAAUAUAAUUUAUUCCACAAAAUACCUUCAGCCAUUCUAUAUAAUACUUAGCAAUUCUAUACAAUUCCUGACGAUUAUUCUUAGUUUAGUGGGUAGAUCGGGAUUUAUAUAAACGAGAAUCACUGUUCUCCAAAAAAAAAUCAUCAAAAAACACAUUUUAUUAAAAAUAAAAAUUGCUAGAACUAGUUUUUAAACCCAAGGUAAAAGAUAAAAGGCAUGCAAGGAAUUUAUUUCCAUUAUAAAGAGAAUCAAUCGCAUAUAUUGUCGGUACGAAUUACGAUGGCAUAGUCCGUCCACCAAGAGAGAAGGUUCGUCAGUAUUUUAUCCAAUCGUAUACUGAGAAUGGCAAAACCCACUCAUUUACCUGCCAGUAUUUGAAUAUCCAAUUAUGCGCGAAUGUCGUACACUCGACAGAGAUAUCACCAUUUGCCGGAAAAUUACCAACUAGCCAAAACUGCUGGCGAAACUCGGAAACUUCGAAGGCCGCCUUUAAUUAAUUAUUAUGCACGAUACCAGUAUAUUAUUGAAAUUUUGUAUUUGACGGAAAAAAUUAACUCAAGAACAUUUGAUUAACGUAUAGGUACUGAAAAUUGAACCUUUUUGAUUUAAAAAUUAUUUUAUUUAUAUAGUAUACCAAAACGGUGUUUUUGUUUAAUGACAAAGUCUGUAUAUUAUUAAUUCAAUUAAUUCUACAUUCAAUAGGAUUUUAAACAACAUAACCUUCUUAUAUUACAUAAUUACUCGUCGUUGUUAUAUUCUGGAAGAACAUCAAUGAGUUAGGUGUAAAACUGGAAUAGUAUAUUAUGCAAUAAGUGCGGUAAACGGCAUUUGACUCACGAGUUUAUUUGACAUGAGCGGGGCGCAGCGGAGCAGGUGUUUAAUAAACGAGUGUUAACUGAAACGAGUGUAACUGACCUAAAGUGACGCUUCCCGCACGUUAGAUCGGUGUGUAAUUAGGCAUUUUAUAGACGGGAGUAGAAAAAAGUAUUUAUUCAAAUCUCGUGACUGUAUUCCACAAGCAACUCGAAAAAUAAGGGCUUACUUUUAAUUAAUUUUAAAAUAAUAUUUUUGGGUUAUAAUAAGUAUUUGCAUUCGUAUAUAAUAAUUCUAAUAACUUUAAUAACGAGAUAUUUUGAUUCACUUUUUUAAAAUGUGCCCUAUUAGUUUAAGUAUAGGAAAUUCACUAUUAAUAUAGCCUGAUUUCCGGUGGAAAAGGCAAGUGUUUAUGGUGACUGAGGCGUACGACGUUGCUUCUUCGAAACAAUAUCAUCAGCUUUAAUAUUUUUAAUCUACAUCCUGUAUAUUUUGGGAUUUUCCUUUCGGGCCUCAAUUUCCGGUUAUGUUUGUUUAAUACCCCUUAUACCUCUUUAAACAUUUUCAAAAUUCAGGUAUUCGUAAUAACCCAUUAACUGUCAAAAUUUCUAAAUGUUCACUGGAAUUGUUAGUCAAAUUUAUAGCUAUUUAAAUAUGCUAGUUUUUACAGAAACUUGCUUUUAUUGGAGAAGCCUUACAUAUGUAUAAGUGCAGGAAUCUAAUAUAUCAUUUUAUUAGACCUUCCUAUGAUCAAAAUUUCAGCUCUCUAAGAAUUCAAAUAUGGUUAUAGUUAUACAGGUUUAGUUCCUUUGCAGUAAAAUAUUCAACUCUGUUUCCCAUAGCAUUAAGAUCCUCACAAGCGUUGGUAUAUUCAAGAAAAAGUUAAAGGAUCGCUUGAUCUGCUUUAUAAAACUUUAUACCUGUAUAUUUUUUUGUAUUUUGGAUAAAAUAUCAAAGUUGAUGUUAUUUUCUUAAGAAGCGGCAAGCAUAGCUAAAAAUACAUAAGAUCGUCGUCGCUUGGAUUAAUAAUUAAUUAAUUAUUAAAAGUUAAUUUAAUUAAAAGACAACUUCCUUACAUAAGCUACUUGCAAUACACGUAAACAGUAGCCCUAAAGAGAUAUUGCGGAAAGUGUAUUUUCGGGUUAAGUACCCGAAAAUUUUGAAUUGUACUCAGAAUUAAGGAAAGUACAUUGAUUUUGCAUAUAUUUUAUAAAAAUUUAUAUAGACUAUUUAAGAUAUAGAAUUUAACGGAUGCAAAUAAAUCAGGAGUAGAGAAAAAUUUGAAAGGAGAAGAGCCCUACAUGGAAAUUAAUAAUAACAAUAAUGGUAAUAAAUAAGUAGCCUUUAUUAAUAAUAAAACGAAACAGCAUAAAGUAAAAAUAACACAGGUGGCAAGGUCUAGAAGCCCCGUUCUAGGUCGCUACCACUGCAACGUAAUAUUAUCAUGUAAAGCAAACAAAGGGAAAUGCAAAAAUAAAAACACUUUAGUUUCUCAUCAGUUCCAUGAAUUCCUUAACUUUUUUACUAAAUAUGGAACUUAAUGGGGAAGGAAUAAUAAUUUCUACUCCCUUCUGUAAAAUACCUAAUUUUACUCUUAUCUAGCGUGAGGGAAGCGUAAUUUUACCAUGUGAGCUUCUUUUCCCACGGAUCCGAUCCACUUCGGACAUUUCCGGGAUAUUACCGCAUGGGUUUGGGAGCAAUUGGAUGUUUUCGGAGAUUUUACCGCACAGCUUGAAUUUUGACGUUUGUCAAUUCUGACGGAACUGCUUAAAGCAUGACGGAGAAUAGUCUGGCAGAUCUGGUUCCUAAGAUGGCCGCCAAUAUCAGAGGACAAAUCCUUUCAGGUACACAGAUUGCAAAUGGGAUUAAAAACCAACUCAAAAAUGAAGUUCAGCGUCUCAAACAGCAAUUGCCUAGUCUGCAACCCCGCCUUGCGAUCGUCCAAGUUGGAAGCAGGGAAGAUUCCAACGUGUACAUCAGAAUGAAAGUACAGGCGGCGGCUGAAGUUGGGGUUCAAGUCGAUCAUCUGCAACUUCCGCCCAGUACAACUCAGGCAGAGCUUCUCCACAAACUGGAUAAACUGAAUCAAGACCUUAAAGUUCAUGGAAUCAUAGUUCAACUACCCCUGGAUUCAAUAAACAAAAUCGACAGCAAUUUGGUAACGAAUUCGGUAGCUCCAGAAAAGGAUAUCGAUGGACUUAACACUGUAAAUGAAGGCCAAUUGGCAGUGGGAGAUUUGUCAGGUUUCAUUCCAUGCACUCCGGCCGGUGUACUGGAGUUAAUAAAAUCGACGGGAGUGACAAUAGCUGGCACCGAAACGGUUGUUUUGGGAAGAAGCAAAAUAGUUGGUACGCCUGUAGCAGAAUUGCUAAAAUGGAAUCACGCAACCGUCACCGUCUGCCACUCAAAAACCAAAGAUUUAAAGCAAAAGUGCCAAAAGGCAGAUAUACUCGUGGUAGCCAUUGGACAACCUCAAAUGGUAAAAGGUGAUUGGAUUAAACCGGGUGCUGUGGUCAUCGACUGUGGCAUCAGCGCUGUUCCAGAUCCUUCAGCGAGGUCAGGUCAAAAACUAGUGGGUGACGUUGCCUUUGAGGAAGCCAAAAUCGUUGCUUCCUACAUCACGCCUGUACCAGGAGGUGUGGGUCCCAUGACUGUCGCUAUGUUAAUCAAAAACACAGUCAAAAGUGCCGAAAGGGUGGUGAACCAGUGGACUAAAACUUCUUGGAACUUAGCUCCCAAUCCGUUGCACUUGAACACGCCAGUCCCGAGCGACAUUGAGAUUGCAAGAGCACAGGAGCCCAAAAAUAUUGUCGAUUUAGCACAUGAAAUUGGUUUGUUCCCAACCGAGAUAUCACAGUAUGGAAGCAAGAAAGCCAAAGUAUCCCUAUCAGUGCUUGACCGACUGAAAAACCAUUCGAAUGGAAAAUAUGUCGUGGUUACUGGCAUAACACCAACCCCAUUCGGCGAAGGCAAAAGUACGACCAUGAUGGGUCUAGCACAAGCACUUUCCACACAAUUAAAAAAAAACGUUUUUGCGACAAUGAGACAACCGUCGCAAGGACCGACUUUUGGAAUUAAAGGUGGUGCAGCUGGAGGUGGAUACUCGCAAGUAAUUCCCAUGGAAGACAUGAACCUCCACUUAACUGGUGACAUUCAUGCCAUCACUGCUGCUAAUAACCUUUUGGCUGCUCAGCUUGACGCUAGAAUCUUUCAUGAAGCCACCCAAAAAGACCAGGCCCUAUACGACCGUUUGGUGCCUACCAUUAAAGGAGUUAGGAAAUUCUCCAAGAUCCAAUUGAGGAGAUUGGCUAGAAUGGGAAUUAAUAAAACUGAUCCGAAUAGUCUCACGCCUGAGGAAAGGAGCAAUUUUGCAAGGCUUGAUAUUGAUCCAAAUAAUGUUAUCUGGCACAGAGUUUUGGACAUCAACGAUAGGUACUUGCGUGAAAUCACAGUCGGAGAAUCUCCAACAGAAAAGGGUCUGACUAGAAAAACCGGCUUCAUGAUAACGGUGGCUAGCGAAAUUAUGGCUAUACUGGCCCUAGCAAAGGACCUUGCGGAUUUUAAAGAUCGACUUUCGCGAAUGGUUGUGGCGUUUGACAGAAAAGGCAAUCCCGUAAUCGCCGACGACUUAGGGAUUACCGGAGCUUUGGUGGUGCUGCUUAAAGAUACGGUGGAGCCGACAUUGUUGCAGACGUUAGAAGGAUCACCGGUAUUCGUGCAUGCCGGGCCAUUCGCCAACAUUGCCCACGGAGCCAAUUCCGUUUUGGCCGACAAAAUCGCUCUAAAGCUAGUGGGUCCUCAGGGCAUUGUACUGACCGAGGCAGGAUUUGCCUCUGAUAUAGGUAUGGAAAAAUUUCUCAACAUUAAAUCUAGAACAUCGGGAGAUAUCCCGAAUGCAGUCGUCCUGGUGGCAACCAUAAGAGCUUUAAAAAUGCACGGUGGAGGGCCAGCAGUCACCCCUGGAGCCCCAUUAGCUGCGGAAUAUACUCACGAAAAUCUCGAUUUGUUGAGGAAAGGAAUUCCCAACUUAGUGAAACAUAUUAACAAUGGCAAAAGACACGGUCUGCCUGUAGUAGUGGCCCUAAAUCAUCAUACGAACGACUCGGAAGCAGAAAUUAAACUAGUAAUUGACGAAUGCAAAAAAGCGGGUGCGUUUGACGCGGUUUUGACUAAGCAUUGGGCGUUGGGUGGCAAAGGGGCAGAGGAUUUGGCGAAAGCUCUGGUUCAAGCGGUCAGCCAACCUAACAAAUUUGAAUUUCUUUACGAUUUGAAUCUAGCCCUCAAAGCAAAAAUUGAAAUCAUUGCGAAAGAAAUGUACGGUGCGGGACAAGUUACCUACACUUCUCUUGCUGAAGAAAAACUAAGGAAAUAUGAGGAACAGGGCUUCGGGUCAUUGCCAAUCUGUAUGGCCAAAACUCAAUUGUCUUUGAGUGGCGAUCCAUCGAUUAAGGGAGCACCCACAGGCUUCACUUUGAAUGUUAAAGACGUCGCAGCAUCAGUCGGUGCUGGUUUCAUCAUUCCAUUGACAGGAGAAAUAACCAAAAUCCCGGGGUUGCCUACGAGACCAGCCAUAUAUGACAUUGACCUGGAUACCGAAACUGGGGAAAUUGAAGGAUUGUUUUAGAAGAUUUUUUUAAAAAUUUUUGUGAGACACAAACGUGGCAAUUGUUUUUAUU